AUGGCCCGGUGGCCCGCACCUCCUCCGCCUCCGCCUCCGCCUCCACCUCUUGCCGCGCCGCCGCCGCCCGGCGCCUCUGCUAAGGGGCCGCCGGCGCGCAAGCUGCUUUUUAUGUGCACCUUGUCCCUGUCUGUCACCUACCUGUGCUAUAGCCUCCUGGGCGGCUCGGGCUCCCUGCAAUUCCCCCUGGCGCUGCAGGAGCCUUCGGUCACCGCCGCCGAGCCCCCGCCGAGCCCGCCGCCACCCUCUCUGCCGCCUCUCCCCGUGCGCCUCGGCGCCCCCUCGCAGCCACCCGCGCCGCCGCCGCUGGACAACGCGAGCCGCGGGGAGCCGCCCGAGACCCCUGAGCAGCCAGCCGUCCCCGGGGCCGACGGCUGGGGGCUGGCGAGCGGCGGCGGAGGCGCCCGGGACGCCUGGCUCCGGACCCCGCUGGCCCCCAGCGAGAUGAUCACGGCGCAGAGCGCUCUGCUGGAGAGGGAAGCUCAGGAGUCCAGCACCACCGACGAGGAGCUCGCAGGCCGGAGAGCGGCCAACGGGAGCGUUGAGAGGGGCGGCGCCGUCAGCACCCCAGAUUAUGGGGAGAAGAAGCUGCCACAGGCACUUAUCAUCGGGGUCAAGAAAGGAGGGACUCGCGCGCUGCUGGAGGCGAUCCGAGUACACCCGGACGUGAGGGCGGUGGGCGUAGAGCCGCACUUCUUCGACAGGAACUACGAAAAGGGGCUGGAGUGGUACAGGAAUGUGAUGCCCAAGACUCUGGACGGACAGAUCACCAUGGAGAAGACCCCGAGUUACUUUGUGACAAAUGAGGCCCCCAAGCGCAUCCAUGCCAUGGCCAAGGACAUCAAACUGAUUGUGGUGGUGAGGAACCCCGUGACCAGGGCCAUCUCCGAUUACACCCAGACGCUGUCCAAGAAACCCGAGAUCCCCACCUUCGAGGUGCUGGCCUUCAAAAACCGGACCCUGGGGCUGAUCGAUGCUUCCUGGAGCGCCAUUCGAAUAGGGAUCUACGCUCUGCACCUGGAAAACUGGCUCCAGUAUUUCCCCCUCUCCCAGAUCCUCUUCGUCAGUGGUGAGCGACUCAUAGUGGACCCUGCCGGGGAAAUGGCCAAAGUACAGGAUUUUCUGGGCCUCAAGCGUGUUGUGACUGAGAAACAUUUCUAUUUCAACAAAACCAAGGGGUUCCCUUGCCUAAAGAAGCCAGAAGACAGCAGUGCCCCCAGGUGCCUGGGCAAGAGCAAAGGUCGGACUCAUCCCCGCAUCGACCCCGACGUCAUCCACAGACUAAGGAAAUUCUACAAACCCUUCAACAUGAUGUUUUACCAAAUGACUGGUCAAGACUUCCAGUGGGAACAGGAAGAGGGUGACAAAUGAGGCUAGAGAAGUGGAGGGAAGGCUAGUGAACAGCUAAGGAGGCUCCUUCCCUGAGUCCUGAAUCCCCCAGUUUCUGCAGUUUCACUUGGCGGAGCGCCAAGCACAUCUCCUCCUUCAUCCGGCCGGGGCUGCCUCCUGUGCUGUCGGCUUAGGCAAAGGGUUGGAUGCCACGGCAUCCCAUGGAAGUGUCUGGUUGACCAGAUGGCCACCAGAACCACUGUUAAUGCUUAUCUUCUGCUAGUUAGUAGAAUCUGAAGACAGAGGAUAAACAGCUGCCAGUGUCAGAGACAGUGCUAUGAAUGUUUGUGUGACCAAAAGAAAGAAAGGUCUACUUUAUGGGGUUCUCACUUCAGGUUGGGGAGCCAGGGUUCUAGCCCUGUACCUGGCACGGGCACCUCCAGAAUGCACUCUGUGGCUAAGUGCCCCGGGACCCCCAGGGAGCAAGGCCCUCCUUCUAAGGUGUUUCUAGCCUUCUCUUUAAAGCCCUCAUCCCACAACCCUCGGACUUCCUCCUUCCCCACGGCACGAAGGCAGAGGCAUGCACGUUCUUCACCAAAAAAAAGCUGACACCCCUGGAGCCUUCUUUCUAAGCGCCCCUCUAAGGAGGGCUGGGUCUCUCUCUUCCUGAGCAGCCUUGAUCAUGGAGAAGCCUGGCACGUGGCCUUGUGUCAGAGUCGGGCCCACGGGGCUAUGCGCAGAGCAGUGCAACUGUGGCCGAGUUCAGAGCCCUGAGGUUGGCAAAGGUGAAUGGCCACAUCUGGGAGUGAAUGAAGAAAGCCAGUCCUCUUGGUGGGAGGUCUCCUUACCUGAACACCCUCUUCCCCAAGCACCAGGGUUCUGAGGCAUGCAUUUGGGGUGGGCUUUGUCCCCUAGGGUCCCCAGAAGGGCAAAGACCAGAGUUGGCAUGCCUCUUAUUAUGAAUAACCCUGAGCAAUGCCACAGAGAGGGGAGCCGUCGCCGUCCUUCUGUUUGUGCCCCACAUCCCCUCAGGGUCAUCUCAUGCUUCAUUUUCUCUCUGCAGAGAUGGCAGAUGCUGGGCAGCGGUGAGGGGCUGACUCCAUUUGCCAGAUCCUGUUUAUGGGGGGUGGGAGAGAGCAAGCGCCGUCUACAGAUGCCCCGAUCAAGGGCUGCCGAAGAAAGCGUCUCUUCCCAUCAGUUUGAUUCGAUUAAAAUGUACCAUUUGACAUAAAGCACUUGUUCACAGAUCUCCAAAACCGGGAAUUGUUCUAGUAAAAUUGGAAAUUUGUAUGAAUGGGGGGAGUUAAAUCUGUUCAGCUGUUAUUAAACUGUCAUUUCUCCCGCUAAA